ACCGAAGGCUGAGCGAGGCUGACCUGCUGCAGCUCCCGCCUCGCGCGCUCGCCCCACCCCGCCGUCGCCUGAGCGCUCGAGAAAGCCCUCUCAGGAGAAGCAGUGCCUGUUCCCCGGGGCAGAUCCAGGUUCAGAUCCUGGCUGUAAGUCACCAUGGCGCAACAAGCAGCCGAUAAGUAUCUCUAUGUGGAUAAAAACUUCAUCAAUAACCCGCUGGCCCAGGCGGACUGGGCUGCCAAGAAGCUGGUAUGGGUGCCUUCCGACAAGAGUGGCUUUGAGCCUGCCAGCCUCAAGGAAGAAGUGGGCGAGGAGGCCAUUGUGGAGCUGGUGGAGAACGGGAAGAAGGUGAAGGUGAACAAGGAUGACAUCCAGAAGAUGAACCCGCCCAAGUUCUCCAAGGUGGAGGACAUGGCAGAGCUCACGUGCCUCAACGAAGCCUCGGUGCUGCACAACCUCAAGGAGCGCUACUACUCAGGGCUCAUCUACACUUAUUCAGGCCUGUUCUGUGUGGUCAUCAAUCCCUAUAAGAACCUGCCCAUCUACUCGGAAGAGAUUGUGGAAAUGUACAAGGGCAAGAAGAGACAUGAGAUGCCCCCCCACAUCUACGCCAUCACAGACACCGCCUACAGGAGUAUGAUGCAAGACCGAGAGGACCAGUCCAUUUUGUGCACGGGUGAGUCUGGAGCUGGCAAGACGGAGAACACCAAGAAAGUCAUUCAGUAUCUGGCUCAUGUGGCCUCCUCACACAAGAGCAAGAAGGACCAGGGUGAACUGGAGCGGCAGCUGCUGCAGGCCAACCCCAUCCUGGAGGCCUUCGGGAACGCCAAGACCGUCAAGAAUGACAACUCCUCGCGAUUUGGCAAGUUCAUUCGCAUCAACUUUGACGUCAAUGGCUAUAUCGUUGGAGCCAACAUUGAGACUUAUCUGCUGGAGAAAUCUCGUGCCAUCCGCCAAGCCAAGGAAGAGCGGACCUUCCACAUCUUCUACUACCUGCUGUCUGGGGCUGGAGAGCACCUGAAGACUGAUCUCCUGUUGGAGCCGUACAACAAAUACCGCUUCCUGUCCAACGGGCAUGUCACCAUCCCCGGGCAGCAGGACAAGGACAUGUUCCAGGAGACCAUGGAGGCCAUGCGCAUCAUGGGCAUCCCAGACGAGGAGCAGAUGGGCUUGCUGCGGGUCAUCUCGGGAGUCCUGCAGCUCGGCAACAUCGUCUUCAAGAAGGAGCGCAACACCGACCAGGCGUCCAUGCCCGACAACACAGCUGCUCAAAAAGUGUCCCACCUCUUGGGUAUCAACGUGACCGACUUCACCAGAGGAAUCCUCACCCCGCGCAUCAAGGUGGGACGGGACUACGUCCAGAAGGCGCAGACGAAGGAGCAGGCUGACUUUGCCAUCGAGGCCUUGGCCAAGGCCACCUACGAGCGCAUGUUCCGCUGGUUGGUGCUGCGCAUCAACAAGGCUCUGGACAAGACCAAGAGGCAGGGUGCCUCCUUCAUCGGGAUCCUGGACAUCGCUGGCUUUGAAAUCUUUGAUCUGAACUCCUUCGAGCAGCUCUGCAUCAACUACACCAACGAGAAGCUGCAGCAGCUCUUCAACCACACGAUGUUCAUCCUGGAGCAGGAGGAGUACCAGCGCGAGGGCAUCGAGUGGAACUUCAUCGACUUUGGCCUGGACCUGCAGCCCUGCAUCGACCUCAUUGAAAAGCCAGCAGGCCCCCCUGGCAUCCUGGCCCUGCUGGACGAGGAGUGCUGGUUCCCCAAAGCUACUGACAAGAGCUUUGUGGAGAAGGUGAUGCAGGAGCAGGGUACCCACUUGUGCGCCGGUGUCCCCAGGGCAGCCCGUGACUUGGAUGCUCCGAUCUUGCAGGUGGAUUACAAAGCAGACGAGUGGCUGAUGAAGAACAUGGACCCCCUGAACGACAACAUCGCCACGCUGCUGCACCAGUCCUCCGACAAGUUCGUCUCAGAGCUGUGGAAGGAUGAGAUGCAGAGCACCCAGAGAGCCUAUUUCUAUCAGCGCUUUCCUAUCCUCCACCUAGAACCAGUGGACCGUAUCAUCGGCCUGGACCAGGUGGCCGGCAUGUCGGAGACGGCGAUGCCCGGGGCCUUCAAGACGCGCAAGGGCAUGUUCCGCACCGUGGGGCAGCUCUACAAGGAGCAGCUGGCCAAGCUGAUGGCCACGCUGAGGAACACCAACCCCAACUUCGUCCGCUGCAUCAUCCCCAACCACGAGAAGAAGGCUGGCAAGCUGGACCCCCAUCUGGUGCUGGACCAGCUGCGCUGCAAUGGGGUCCUUGAGGGCAUCCGGAUCUGCCGUCAGGGCUUCCCCAACCGCGUGGUCUUCCAGGAGUUCCGGCAGAGAUACGAGAUCCUGACACCAAAUUCCAUCCCCAAGGGCUUCAUGGACGGGAAGCAGGCAUGUGUGCUCAUGAUCAAAGCCCUGGAGCUCGACAGCAACCUAUACCGCAUUGGCCAGAGCAAGGUCUUCUUCCGGGCCGGCGUGCUGGCCCACCUGGAGGAGGAGCGGGACCUGAAGAUCACCGACGUCAUCAUUGGCUUCCAGGCCUGCUGCAGGGGCUACCUGGCCAGAAAGGCCUUUGCCAAGCGGCAGCAGCAGCUGACGGCCAUGAAGGUCCUGCAGAGGAACUGUGCCGCCUACCUCAAGCUGCGGAACUGGCAGUGGUGGCGGCUCUUCACCAAGGUCAAGCCGCUCCUGCAGGUGAGCCGGCAGGAGGAGGAGAUGAUGGCCAAGGAGGAGGAGCUGGUGAAGGUGCGGGAGAAGCAGCUAGCUGCUGAGAACAGGCUCACGGAGAUGGAGACUCUCCAGUCACAGCUCAUGGCCGAGAAGCUGCAGCUGCAGGAGCAGCUCCAGGCGGAAACGGAGCUGUGUGCCGAGGCCGAGGAGCUCCGAGCCCGCCUGACCGCCAAGAAGCAGGAGCUGGAGGAGAUCUGCCACGACCUGGAGGCUAGGGUGGAGGAGGAGGAGGAGCGCUGCCAGCACCUGCAGACCGAGAAGAAGAAGAUGCAGCAGAACAUCCAGGAACUGGAGGAGCAGCUGGAGGAGGAGGAGAGUGCCCGGCAGAAGCUGCAGCUGGAGAAGGUGACCACUGAGGCCAAGCUGAAGAAGCUGGAGGAGGACCAGAUCAUCAUGGAGGACCAGAACUGCAAGCUGGCCAAGGAGAAGAAGCUGCUGGAAGACAGAAUAGCUGAAUUCACCACCAACCUCAUGGAAGAGGAGGAGAAAUCUAAGAGCCUCGCCAAACUCAAGAACAAGCACGAGGCGAUGAUCACCGACCUGGAGGAGCGCCUCCGAAGAGAGGAGAAGCAGCGUCAGGAGCUGGAGAAGACCCGCCGGAAGCUGGAGGGAGACUCCACGGACCUCAGCGACCAGAUCGCCGAGCUGCAGGCCCAGAUCGCCGAGCUCAAGAUGCAGCUGGCCAAGAAAGAGGAGGAGCUGCAGGCUGCCCUGGCCAGAGUGGAAGAAGAAGCCUCCCAGAAGAACAUAGCCCUGAAGAAGAUCCGGGAGCUGGAAUCUCAGAUUUCUGAACUCCAAGAAGACCUGGAGUCUGAGCGUGCCUCCAGGAAUAAAGCUGAGAAGCAGAAACGGGAUCUCGGGGAAGAGCUGGAGGCUCUGAAAACAGAGUUGGAGGACACUCUGGAUUCCACUGCUGCCCAGCAGGAGCUCAGGUCUAAACGUGAACAGGAAGUGAACAUCCUGAAGAAGACCCUCGAGGAGGAGGCCAGGACCCACGAGGCCCAGAUCCAGGAGAUGAGGCAGAAGCAUUCGCAGGCUGUGGAGGAGCUGGCGGAGCAGCUGGAGCAGACGAAGCGGGUGAAAGCUAACCUUGAAAAGGCCAAGCAGACCCUGGAGAAUGAGCGAGGGGAGCUGGCCAACGAGGUGAAGGUGCUGCUGCAGGGCAAGGGGGACUCUGAGCACAAGCGGAAGAAGGUGGAGGCCCAGCUGCAGGAGCUGCAGGUGAAGUUCACUGAGGGAGAGCGCGUGCGCACGGAGCUGGCCGACAAGGUCUCCAAGCUGCAGGUUGAACUGGACAACGUGACAGGUCUUCUUACCCAGUCGGACAGCAAGUCCAGCAAGCUCACCAAGGACUUCUCCGCUCUGGAGUCCCAGCUGCAGGACACGCAGGAACUGCUGCAGGAGGAGAACCGGCAGAAACUCAGCCUGAGCACGAAGCUGAAGCAGGUGGAAGAUGAGAAGAACUCCCUCAAGGAUCAGCUGGAGGAGGAGGAGGAGGCCAAACGGAACCUUGAGAAGCAGAUCGCCACCCUCCACGCCCAGGUGACCGACAUGAGGAAGAAGAUGGACGACGGAAUGGGGUGCCUGGAGACGGCCGAGGAAGCCAAGAGGAAGCUCCAGAAGGACCUGGAGGGGCUGAGCCAGCGCUACGAGGAGAAGGUGGCUGCCUAUGACAAGCUGGAGAAGACCAAGACGCGGCUGCAGCAGGAGCUGGACGACCUGCUGGUGGACCUGGACCACCAGCGGCAGAGCGUCUCCAACCUGGAGAAGAAGCAGAAGAAGUUUGACCAGCUCCUGGCCGAGGAGAAGACCAUCUCCGCCAAGUACGCAGAGGAGCGCGACCGGGCGGAGGCGGAGGCCCGGGAGAAGGAGACCAAGGCGCUGUCUCUGGCCCGGGCGCUGGAGGAGGCCGUGGAGCAGAAGGCGGAGCUGGAGCGGCUCAACAAGCAGUUCCGCACGGAGAUGGAGGACCUCGUGAGCUCCAAGGACGACGUCGGCAAGAGCGUCCACGAGCUGGAGAAGUCCAAGCGGGCCCUGGAGCAGCAGGUGGAGGAGAUGAAGACCCAGCUCGAGGAGCUGGAGGAUGAGCUGCAGGCCACCGAGGAUGCCAAGCUGCGGCUGGAGGUGAACCUGCAGGCCAUGAAGGCCCAGUUCGAGCGGGACCUGCAGGGUCGCGACGAGCAGAGUGAGGAGAAGAAGAAGCAGCUGGUCAGACAGGUGCGGGAGAUGGAGGCCGAGCUGGAGGACGAGAGGAAGCAGCGCUCGAUCGCUGUGGCUGCUCGGAAGAAGCUGGAGAUGGACCUGAAGGACCUGGAGGCCCACAUCGAAUCAGCCAACAAGAACCGAGAUGAAGCCAUUAAGCAGCUGCGAAAGCUGCAGGCCCAGAUGAAGGACUACAUGCGGGAGCUGGAGGACACGCGCGCCUCCCGCGAGGAGAUCCUGGCGCAGGCCAAGGAGAACGAGAAGAAGCUCAAGAGCAUGGAGGCCGAGAUGAUUCAGCUGCAGGAGGAGCUGGCUGCUGCCGAGCGAGCCAAGCGCCAGGCCCAGCAGGAGCGGGACGAGCUGGCCGACGAGAUUGCCAACAGCAGCGGCAAAGGCGCCCUGGCGUUGGAGGAGAAGCGGCGCCUGGAGGCCCGCAUCGCGCAGCUGGAGGAGGAGCUGGAGGAGGAGCAGGGCAAUACGGAGCUGGUGAACGACAGGCUGAAGAAGGCGAACCUGCAGAUCGACCAGAUCAACACUGACUUGAACCUGGAGCGCAGCCACGCCCAGAAGAACGAGAACGCACGGCAGCAGCUGGAGCGCCAGAACAAGGAGCUCAAGGUCAAGCUGCAGGAGAUGGAGGGCACCGUCAAGUCCAAGUACAAGGCCUCCAUCGCCGCCCUGGAGGCCAAGAUUGCACAGCUGGAGGAGCAGCUGGACAACGAGACCAAGGAGCGCCAGGCAGCGUGCAAGCAGGUGCGUCGGGCCGAGAAGAAGCUGAAGGAUGUGCUGCUGCAGGUGGAUGAUGAGCGGAGGAACGCGGAGCAGUUCAAGGACCAGGCGGACAAGGCGUCCACCCGCCUGAAGCAGCUCAAGCGGCAGCUGGAGGAGGCGGAGGAGGAGGCCCAGCGGGCCAACGCCUCCCGCCGGAAACUGCAGCGCGAGCUGGAGGACGCCACCGAGACCGCGGAUGCCAUGAACCGCGAGGUCAGCUCCCUCAAGAACAAGCUCAGGUGA